CUUAGAUUACUAUAUUAGGACUAGAUUACUAUAUUGUGAGACGGAGACGGAGGGAGUAGCAGACCGAGAAGGGUAGGAAGAUGGGGGAAUGCUAGAAUUGGCGUCAACCAAACACGGAGGACGCGGACGGUACAGGGAGGGAAGACGGACUUAUGUGAGCUCCUAUGCGAUGGUGUGUGGGAAGGAGAAAAGGGAUGUGGUGAUGUGAUAAGAUUAUUGCGUUGCACGAAUCUUGGCGUGAUCUAAAUAGUCUAAAAUGAAGUUGUGUGUUUUCAGGUGCUUAGAAACUACUCCCUUCGUCCAAAAAAAAAUUUAGAAUUGAAUAGGAUUUUUGUUAGCACAACGAAUCUGGAUAGGAGCUUGUCCAAAUUUGCUGUACUAGGAAAUGUCUAAUGCAAUACUAGGUUGUUUUUUUAAGGGUGGUGAGAGUACACUCUUAUCCAAACGGUAGUGCAGGCUGCAAGCUUGCGGUUUCUUACAGAGUCGACGUCGUCUCUGUCAAACAACAGACAUGGUCCACCCAAGAGGGAUACGGCACCUUUGCGAGCUGCGUCGACCGCUCCGCCGCGGAGACGACCAGUCGAGAUCACCACACACCUGCCGGCCCAUCUGCCUACGCGUCCUGUACACUUGCACACGCCCCUCCAGCCCCUCGCGGCACGGUCAAAACCGCCCUGCCGCUCCCGACAAAAACCGCGCGCCCCCCGCGCCCCCACCGGCCGGACGAUGCGACGACCGGCCGCCCCGCACGAACGCAGCAGCUGCCUCCUCCUCCUCGUCUUUCCCUCCCGCACGCCACCACCUCACCCACCUAUCCACGUCAACUCCCUCCGUCCCUCGCCCGCGCGAGCUACGUACUACGUUUACCCUUCUCCCUUUCUCCGCGACUCCACCCCACCGCGCGCGCGCACACAGAGCGCUUCACGCAAACGAGGAAAAACCCCCCCACCCACAAACAAAAAACCGCACGCAACGCAACAACGUACCACGAGUCUACGAGGCAGAUGGUGUUCAGCGUCGCGUGGGUGGCGGCGGCGGCGCGGGUGCCGGCGGAGCUGUGCCAGGGACAGGGCGGGGCGCGCGGGCGGCGGCGGCGGCUGCGGGCCGACGAGGUGCUGCGCGCGCUGCUCGUGGCGCCCGUGCGGGAGCUCGAGCGCCUCGCCGACUGGCUCUUCGUGUUCUUCUGCCUCCCCCUGCCGGACUACUACGUGCCGGGCUCCGGCCGCGGCGGGCUGCUGGUGGCGCGGGCGCCGUCGUCGCCGUCGGGCGGCGCGCUCCUGCACUACGGCGGUAGGUACCGGAGGCCCCUCUCGCUCUUGUUGCCGUCGUCGUCGUCCUCCUCCUCCUCCUCGUCCAUGUCCUCGUCAGAGGAGUACUACUAUUACUCCGACGAUUAGGAGGACGCAUCGAAUCAAGCUGAGGUGUACCGAAUGCAAUUGUGUUGUGGUUUAUUCAUCUAUCUAGCCAUGGCCAUGGGCUUUUGUGUGCUAAAUUCUUUGUGAUUUGUACAUAUGUGUCAUUGAACCGACAAAUUCAAAUGAUGGUUUUUGUUGAUUUUGUUGGUUAAAGAUUGUUUCGAUUCUGAAAUUUCAGGCGUUUUUGAUG